AUGUCUUUAAGGAGCAACUGUCAUUGGGGAGCAACUGUCACGGGAGCAAGUGUCUGGGGAGCAAUUGUCGCUGGGGAGCAAGUGUCCGGGGAGCAAAUGUCGCGGGAGCAACAUUCGGAUAGAUAUGUCCAGAAAAUUGAUCUUAUUAUUGGUUUAAUAAAAAGUGACUAUACCUAUAUUCGAAACUUCGCACGUAAAUUACAUAAAUUUGAAAUGUACAUGAAUUCAAACUCGGCACCCUUUUGGUUAGCAAAAUAUCGGAAAUAUCCAUUAUGUAAACUUCAACUGAAAGCAAAACAGCCGUCUGGUGGUACAUAUAAAUUAUAUUCAUCAGCAGUUCAUGAUCAUCAACAACGAAAUCCAACAACCCGACUAUCAUCACCAAUUCGUGAAAAUAUCAUUAGAAUGUCAGACAACGCCUUAGUAACAUCUCAAAUUAAUAAAGUCAUGAAAGCAUUACAUCCAGAUUUGUCUAUUGAUACAAAAAAGUUACAACUUUGGUAUUCAUCGCGUCAAAAUGUACCACAACCAAAUAAACAACACGACAUAUUUAUACCUUAUUAUGUGGUUAAUGAUGUCAAUGAUUUAUUUAUAUGUUUAACAACACGUCAGUUAUUAUCUGCAUGUAAAUAUUCAUCCGUACUGGCGAUUGAUUGCACUUACAAAAUAACAACAAAUGAAUUACCAUUAUUAGUAUCUGGGACAUCUGAUUGUAACCGUAGAUUUUAUCCAAUGGGUAUUUGUUUAAUAUCAACAGACGAAUCGGCUGAUACAUUUCGUACAGUAUUUCGUGGUAUUCAACAAUGGGUAUCAGCAGUUAAUAAUCAGCCUACACAAUCUCACAUGUUAUGGCUGAUGGAUCACCUAGUAAGUUUAACAAGUGCCAUGUCUGAAAUUUCGUUAGCAAGACGUUUAAUGUGCUGGUUUCAUAUGAUUCCACCAAGAACAAACAAUGGACUAGAAUCACUUAAUGGUAGAAUUAAAAAAGAUUACACAUUAAGAAAUCGUCUUCCAUUAUUUGCAUUUUUUAAAACAGCUGAACGAAUGCUAAUGGAUUGGUCAACAGAUAGUAAAAAACCAUUUCAGUUAUAUACUAUAUAUAAAGAUCAUUUAAAAUUAGCUGCAUACACAUGGUUACAGCAAGUGGAUAAAACACAAAUAUUACAGGUGAAUCCAAAUGUUUAUGUAGUACCAUCAAAACAUGGAAACAUGAGUACAACAACAUGGGUUCAACAAUUUUAUGCAAUGGCUUGGAGCAGUUACGAUGAAUUCGCUAAUUGGCCCAAUUCGGCACGUUUAGUGAACUGUUCACGUCUACUACCACCAUUAUUUUGUGCAUGUCAAACUGGUUUAAAAGAAUAUACUUGCGUACAUGCUUUAGGUUUAUUAAUGUUAUGGAGUAGUCAACUAAUGCCAUAA